UUCUAUUCAAGCGCUUAGUUGACAUCGAUCUAUAUCACUUGGCGGUUUGGUUGUAAAUUUUGUAUUAUUUUUUUUUCGAAAAUGCGAAAAUAAAGGACGAAUUUACAUGUUUAAAGAUGGCUGAGAGUAACUUUGUGAUGCAGAAUCAGUUGAAGUUUAAUCUGGGAAUUCCACUGGCUGCCUCUAAUGUUGCUGUUAGGUAUCACAAACCGAAUCCAAUUGUGGUUGAAAGAGCUGGUGGUGUGAUCAAUGUACCUCCUUCAUCUAGACCUGUUCCAUCCAACCAGCCUGCCUCAGCUCGAUCCUCUUUAGCAGAUGAUAGAAUGGCUCUAGCUGUAAAACUUGCUCAGAGAGAUUUGAAGAGGCAAAAAGAGAGCAUGCCAGCUAGGAGCAGAAGUCCUUCUCCAAAGGCAACAAAAACUAAAUUUAGUAAAGGUGGAACUAAGAUGGUGUAUACAAAAGACUGUAGAGAUAGAUCAAGGAGAUUACAGGAGAAACAAGCUGGUAGAGAUCCACUGAAAGUUCGAGAACAAGGCUGGAACUCGGGUACUACUGUGGCUAGAACUCAAACACCUCCCAGGGAUAGAAUGGCCAGGCUUAAUCUACCAGUAACAACAAACUCUCCCCCUACUAGAGAUACAGAUCAUUAUCCGAGGUCUAUAUCAAGUGAUAAUCCAGUACAAGAGAUUGAGAGAAUGCAGAAAGAGAUGGAAGGAUAUCUACAACAAAUACAAGUCAUUGAGCAAAAAGCUAUGAGCGAGGGAGCAGGAGAUUUUAUGCAGCCAGCAAAGUCAAGAAAGAGAGACGGUUACCUGAGUGAUGAGGAGGAUCCGGCACGGCGCGCACUGCGCCAGGAAGAACAAGCUACACGUUCGGCACGGCAGAUCUAUAACCUGAGGCAACAGGUUCGAGCUUUACAAGAUCAGGUGACUAGAGGGGAAGGAAGAAAAGUUAAACACACUAAAAAGAGUCAGGUGAUGUUAAGACUGGCUGCUGCACAUAGAGGAGCUGUACGAGCUAUCCAAGGGUUUGUAAACCAGCAGCUGCCACAACAAGACUUGCGCAAGGGACUCCCAACUGGCUACCACGAGCUAGCAUUGUUGAUAAGACAGCUCGCUCUGCUCAGUACGCACAUUCGCACCAAGGAUGACUCGGUCAAUGUUAAACAAGAUCUUAUUAGUAUGCUUGAUAGAGUAGAUGAGUUGAACAAGGCCUGGUGUGCUGAACUAGAAGAAAAAGAGGAUCAAGUUUACACAGAGGAACCUCGCCGGAAAUCACCAACAGGCCGGCAGGGGGCGCCACCUGUACAGAAAAACAAGGUCAAACAAGAACAGCAGAGAAAAUUUGGGAAGGAAAAUAGACCGAAAGGUUUAUUAAAGAAACAGUUCUACAAAGGAACAAAGCCAAUACAAAAGUCUCAAAAACCAAGAAAGUUGACACCAGAAAGACAGAAUGUUCUUCAGGCAGGAAUUCAGGCAUAUUUGAGAGAGGAUGCAAGACAGGGCGAGCGAAAUGUUGCCUGGGAGAUACCUGGUGAUGAAAGUAUGGCCACUGAGCAAGGCAACUCGAGUUUAAUUCUGCCAAAAGGUUUGCAGUUCAAACGGGAGAAAGCUCAAAGAUCUGUAACACUGGCAGUUCCAGAGUCACAUUUCUCCGACCCAACACUUUCUUCCUGUCUGAAAACUAAACAACAUCAAGAACAUGAACCCAGAAGUCAGGAACCAUGGAGACCAGGUGGAAGUACUCACAGGUCCCCUGGCAGGUCAAGGUCACGAGAUAGAAGUAGGUCAAAGAGUCCAAGGUCAAGAGUAAGAAACAUUCAAAUGCAGGAUAUGGAUACAGAGCUGAUGCAGGAGUUAUUUCCUGAAGGUGUUGAUGGAAUGGGCAGAAGGGGUAGGUCAGCAAGUCCAAGGUCAAGGUCACAAAGACAGAGAUCAUUGAGUCCACCUAGGUCACCAGAAACAAGGUCACGUUUCACUGCACACAAGAUGAGGUCAAGACUUGAUAAGCUGCAACAGAAAGCUGAAGAUAUGAGUAUGGUGAAGGAAAGGGAGAGAGAGUUAUCAGAAAUUAACAUGAGACAGAUGCUUGCUGAACGUGCCAGAGAACAGGGCAGCAUUAAAGGUGACAUGAUGACUGAUAUGAUAUUAAAUGACAUUUUACAUGACACCGCAGCUGAGUUGCAGGCUGUAGAAGAUGACAACAAUAUCUAUGAUGAGGCAGUAACCAUGCAGCAUAACCCUACCCUAGAAAAUAUUUAUCAAAGAUUAGAACAAAUGGAGCUUGAGGCGGUUGAUAUUAGACGUAGAUGGGGUACUCUUCACUUUGAGGAGGAAAAUAGCUCAUCAAUAUUGAAAACCAGAAGUAUAGAGAGGCCUUCAGGACCAGUUGCCAUGGAGAUAACAAGAAAAGAUCCCUCACAGUCUCAUAGAGUUCAAAGUUCAAGGGCAUUUGACAAGGAGGCAGAAGGUCCAAUAAUCUUCACAAAGUCUGCACCAGCACCUGGUUAUAGUCAGAGAACAACUAUAGUAGAAACAGAGGAGGCAUUGUUGAGUGAUUUCCCUAUAGAUUUACCACUGAGGAGUGGUAAGAUACGUUUAAAGUUACCCGACUCUGCUGUGAGGGAUAUUCACAGUAACCUUGAAAAAUACCAGAGACAUUUAAGAAAAACUUCACACCAGUCACACAGUAAAUUUGAUCCUUGGAAACUCGUUGAGGAAAUAUCAGAUCAAGUUUUAACAGAGUGCCUUAAUGAGAUAGAGAAAGAACUAGAAGAUGUCGAAGAAAAUAUUGUCCAUCAAGUUUGUAAAUCUGAAUUUGCUCUACCAGAACCUUCUACUGUACAAAAACAUGUGGAGGAAGUGAAUGAGGAUUAUGGGUAUGAUCAGAAUAUGGAACCAGUCAGUACUAGUAGACAUGAAAGUUUGAGAAGCAGACAAGAUGAUAAUUAUUUUAGAACCAGUCAACAGGAAGUUGAUGAGGCAUCUGCUCCAAGAGAAAGUGCAGAAAGGUCAAUUCUUCAAAGUAGUGCAGACAAAUCAAGAGAGAAUGGACAUAGCUCUAAAAAAGAAGUUAGUUUUGGACAGGAUGUGAGUUAUGGACGAGAAGCAAGUUAUGAGAGGGAAGUAAGUUAUGAGAGGGAAGUAAGUUAUGAGAGGGAAGAAAGUUUUGAAAAGGAAGGAAGUUUCGGACAUGGAGCUAUUUUUGACGCAGCUGAUUUAGAUGCUGCAUUUGAUGGAGACACAGUGAGAGAUCAGUAUGUUGAUGAUACUUAUGAAGAAGAUGAUGAAAUCUCAGAAGUUUCACCGAUAGAUAGUGACGAACUUGAAUAUUCCACAGAUGAGACUUGAUGAUUUUGUUAGUUUAUUCUAAGUAUACUUGUAUGUAGGAAUUAUUUAUAUAGGAAAGUAUAAGUAUGAGUUACAGUGAAUGUAGCAUUAUCUAUUAUAUAUCUACAUCAGUUGUGGGUGCUUAUUUUGUUGCCUGGAAAAAUUUUGAUUGGAUAAAAUCAAAUUAAAACUAAACCUUACUCUACUAAAAUUGUAUAAUAUUGGCUUGUGUAACUUUGGAAUUGUAAGAAUCCAUUUAUACUUCAAUCUUUAACCUGAGAGCAGUAAAAUAAUUCUACUAAUGCAACCAGUGCAGACCAAACGUCACAUUCAUAGUAUGCAGUCACUACUGGGUCAAUAGAUAUUCUGAAAUCUGCCCUAAAAAUGAUGAAUGGUUUUGUUCCAGAAAGAUGGACAAGUCCAUUUAAGAUAGUUAUUGUGGUAAAGAUAUACAUAUUUCAAUCAUAAAAAAUAAAUUUUGUAUAGCCAAUAUUAUAAACUAUGGAUACACUGCACACAAUUGAAGACUUUAAUCUGUUGGCAUGAGUAAUUGAUUAUUCUGAUUAGUGUUUAAUGAUGUAGAAAUAUCAUAUGAUCUUUUUAAUAUCUUAUUUUAAAAUACAUAAUAUAAGUCUUAACUUUAUGUAUAAUAUUUUUACUUAUUUUUGUUUAUUCAUCCAUCUUUACCAACUUAUUUCCAAAAAAGAACUGAAUGUUUUUUGAUGACAAACGUUAAUGGUUUGCACAGCAAUUUUAUUUGUUGCUUCAUUUGUAUAAAUAUUUGAAAGUAUGAAAUAAAAUAGUUUAUUAGGUAAAUAUUUUUUCAUUAGACACUACUUUGUUUGUAGUGAUCAGAUUAUUAGCUUAUGUCCUGUAUUAUAAAGUUAGUUCUUUUUAAUAUUUCUCAAAUGUUUUUAAUUUAUCAUCUCUGAAUGUUGUUGUGUGUUAAUGGGAUUACCAAAACUGCACUGUCAUCAUUUAGCACGCAGUGAGGACUACUUUGUACUGAAUAGUGCCUUGAUAUUUUACAAUUUUUAUCAUCAAAGAGAAUGCCAAUAAACAUUCUCCCUGAAUGACAAGAUGUUUGAUUAGAUAGCAUAUUGACACAGAAAUAGAAUCAUCAUUUUUUUCGAAAGGGGGAGGGCAGGG